GUCAAUAUUCUGGGCAAUGUUUAACAAAAACACCUGUACAGCAUUUUAAUGAGAUGUGUUUGAACGGAACGUGAUCCGGAAACAAUUUAAUGCACAUACUCUGUUGGAACUGCAGAUUUUGAAAAAAUUCUGUUGUUGAAGAGCUUUGUCUUUUUUUUUGUUUCCCACCAAUUGAAUUUCAAUUAGUUCCACUGCCAUUUACUGCCAGUUUGUUGCUAGUAUCAAGAAUGCAGCGCAUUGAUUUAACACAACCCAAAUGGGAUCAGAGCACAUUCUCAGGAAGAUUGAAGCACUUCUUUUGGGUUACUGACCCCAGAUCCUGCAUAGUUUCAAGCCAACAGCUUUAUGAUGCCAAAGCCUUGGUUGAGAAAUAUAAGAACCACCAAGAGCCACCGGGAACUACGAGCGCACAAGUGUGGUAUGCCAGGAAACUCUACGAGUCUGCCUUUCACCCCGACUCUGGGGAGCUGCAAAACUUUUGUGGCAGAAUGAGCUUCCAAGUGCCUGGUGGUAUGCUCAUCACUGGCUUCAUGUUGCAGUUUUACAGGACGGUUCCAGCCGUGGUUUUUUGGCAGUGGGUCAAUCAAUCCUUCAACGCCCUAGUGAAUUACACCAACCGAAACGCCAAGUCUGAGGUUUCGUCGACCCAGCUGGGCGUGGCGUACGUAUCGGCGACAACAUCGGCCUUAGUUACCGCCCUCGGUCUCAAGUCCUUCUUGGAAAAAAGGGCCGGAAGCCUGUUACAGCGCUACGUUCCAUUCGCCGCCGUGGCGGCUGCCAAUUGUAUCAAUAUCCCUCUGAUGCGUCAGUCAGAGCUUAUUAACGGCAUCGCUGUAUACGACGAAAACGGGAAUGCUGUCACCGAAUCUCGCUUGGCCGCUGCGAAAGGAAUCACGCAAGUUGUAAUCUCGCGAAUAGUAAUGGCAGCCCCUGGAAUGACUUUACUUCCCUUGGUGAUGGAAAAAUUGGAAAGCUACGCUUGGAUGCAAAGAAUUAAAUUUUUACAUGCUCCUUUCCAAAUAUUCGCCUGCGGUGCUAUUCUCACUUUCAUGACUCCUGCUGCGUGCGCGCUGUUCCCUCAGAGAUGUUCGCUGGCUGCCUCAACGCUAGAACGAUUUGAGCCCGAGCAAUAUGAAAAGCUCAAAAAAGUCAAUGGGGAUGGUUCAAUUUCUAAAGUCUAUUUCAAUAAGGGACUAUGAUCGGUAAUUUGCAGUUCCUGUCUUAACGCACACAUGAUCUGAUUGACGACAGGCCCAUCCUUGUCUUGACGAAAAAUUUAUAAUCCACAGGUCCAGCUUAGUUUAUUAAUUCUGUUACUCGGCAUAGUGGCCCAUUGUAAAUGCUGAAAGUUAUUUGAGAGAUAUUAUAGGUUCUACAUUUGUAACUGCCAUUGGGCUAUUCAAUUGCAUUAGGAGAAAAAUGAGUCAGGUGAUUGAAUGGUGCCAUGUUAAUGCUAUUGGAAUACACCGUACUUGCUGCUGACAAAUCAA